UCUUUCGGCCUUGCGCCUGGCGGUGUUGCCGUAUCUCUUCGAUGCGUGCGAUCGAUUCGAUUUCCCCCUAUCGAUGGUUCGCGGAGGAGCUUCUGUCGCCCCCGCCCGAUAUGGGUAAUGGUCGCUAUUCUGACCUACUCGAUAUGACACAGAGUUGCCCUUACGCUCCACUCGAUAAAGCGUAGGGACGUCUUUGCGAUCUACUCGAUAUGUCGCAGCGUGCGUACUCUACUUCCGGAUCGCGAAUCCCUCAAUGGACUGGAAAACGUACUAUUUCCUCGCGAUACCGGACGUUUUGUUUGUUUUUCUUGUGCGCGUCUGGUCUUCCCUACCGCCCUCCGCUGGCGCGCCCGCCUUCCGCCUGCCCUCUGGAUGCUUCGGGUAAGUUUUUCUCCCGCUUUGCCGCCCUCCGCCGCCUUCAUUCAAGCUUACCCGAUGCCCCGCCGUUCCUCGGCCGCCAGUACUCAGCCCGGAAUACCUCCUGCCGAUCGGUGGACACCAACAGCCGGUACCGGACGCCACCGUCGUUGACCAGGCGCUUCACCCUCCUUGAGGUUGGCUUUAUCCGCGCGAGGGAGCGCGUGACGACGGCCGGCCACUCCUCGCGGUUGCCGGGCCGCCACCGUGCGUUGUCCGCCGAUCUCGUCUGGGGCCACGAUGCCUGGCGCUGGAGCUCGGGCCGGCGCGCCUCCGCCCGCUCCCCUGGGCACGACGCCUGUCGGCCCAGCUUCGGUCGCUCGCCAUGGCUGGGUUCCGGCCAUUGCCACGGUCCUCUCUCCCAUGGCUCAGGUCUGGCGACGUGUUGUUUGGCUUCGCUUGAAUCUGCCCGUCCUUGGGUUCCGAUCCAGGGUGCUGACCGAUCUUCCAGCCCGUGAUCAACAGGUCCUCCGACCUUUCGCCCGUGCUGCCAACAUCGGCCCGCCCCCCGUGGCCAGCUCCGCCCGUCUCUGGAUCGGCUUAGACGCGGAUGUCACCCCCGUGCAGCGCCUCGGACCCAGGGAUCAUCCGAUUCCCCAGCCGGUAGGCCGCGCACGGGCGGCAUCCGCUUUUGUCCCGCCAUCCCCGACGUUAGCAGCUGGCUUCGAUGUCCUGGACCCGGACCCGGACUUCUCCUCAUCUCGGAACCCCUUCUCGGGUGCCCCCUCGUCCGUCGGCACACCACGCAACGCGCCACCCCCCCCCCCCCCCCCCCCCCCUGGGCUAGUGGUCCAGCUUCAUUGGUCCGCCGGCCGCCGUCUGCAGCUUAGUUUUACUGAACCUUAGUUGUAAGAGUAUCCUGUAUGGCCUUGUCCUGCGUGGCAUCUAGUUGGGCCGCCCGCUCCUCCCUUGUGAGCGAUUCCUGUCCUGCGUGACACGCGUGGUUCUGAGUUUUACCGAACCUUAGUUGUAGGCUCAUCCUGUACGACCUUGUCCUGCGUGGCAUCCAGUUGGGACUCUCCUCUCCGCCCCUGCCGCUAGUUUCUGUCUUUCGUGCUCGUCCAUCCCUCUCCGUAUGCCUUGCUCGUUGCCCCUCCUUGUGCGUCGUCUACGCUUCGGUUCCAGGGCCUGUUUCAGGGGUUCCUUCCCCGGGUUGUGGCUUCAGGUCCCCUAUAUGGGCGGUCCGCGUCCGUUUCUCGCUGUCCUUCUUCAAUUUACAAAUGACCGGGGUCACGAAAUCCACUAUGGUGUAGGGACCGUCGUAUUUCGGGGCCAGUUUUGCCGCAAACCCUUUGGCCGCGUUGGAUAGAUGGUGUUGCUUGGCCCAUACCUUAUCUCCAAUCGUGGGUUUCCACGCUCUCCUCCUCAGGUUAUAAUACCUCGCCUGGUCCUGCGCCGCUCUUUCGAGAUUCCGCCUCACCAGUUGAAAUACCUCUCUCAACUUGGCAGCGUUCUCGUCCGGAUUGAGCGUGCCCUGUCCUGUGCCCAGCGCUUCGUCAUCGUAUAGAGCCUUUGGUAGCCUCGGCUCUCUCCCUUGUACCACAAACGCCGGCGCGAACCCGGUGGAUUCGGACACCCCUGAAUUUACGGCCAGCAUUAUCUCUGGCCAUUUCUCAUCCCAGUUCCUCUGGUUCCCUUCGGUGAACUGAGCUAUCAUAGUUUUCACCGUCCGGUUAGUUCGCUCCGUCGGGUUCUCCUGCGGCGUGUACGGGGCCGUGAACUGAUGCCGUACGCCCAUCUGCUCCAAUAACCUCUUAAACGCUCUACUGGUGAACUGGACGCCAUUAUCUGUGAUCACCACCUUCGGCACGCCAAACCGGGACACGAUGCGCUCUCGGAACGCUUUCGUUAGUGCUUCCGCCGUGGCCUUUCUCAUGGGGACCAACUCGGUCCAUUUCGAGAACCGAUCCACCAUCACCAAUAACAUGGCAUUCCCAUGCUUUGACCUGGGCAGCGGGCCCACAAAGUCGGCGCACACCGUUGCCCACGGCUCCUCUGGCACUCGUGCCAGCAUUUUUCCGGCCGCCUGCACCUCCUCACGUAUGUCCUCACAUCUCGAUGCAUCCCCGGCCAGUAGUACCGGGCGGCUACUCUGGCCAUCGUCCUUCUGCCGCCCGCGUGCCCCGCCUCCGGCGAGUCGUGAUUCUCUCUUAUGACUCUCUCUCUUAGACCCUUUGGAACGCAUAACUUCCAUGAUGCUAUUUCCUCUUCUCCCGCUCGGUGUGGGAUGUGCCGGUAUACCCGGCCUGCUUCCUCGACGUAAUCCGGAUAUUUCCUCGGUUCCGUCCUCAUCCUCUCUUUGACCUUUUUAAUCCAUCCGCACACUGCCUCCGGUUCGUGUCCCUUCUCUGCUUCCUCCUCGGUGGUUCUCAGGCAUCGCUCCGCCAAUGGCUGUCGGGACAGUGCGUCCGCCACUACGUUCAGCUGCCCUUUCCUGUAUGCCACUUCGAAGUCGUAUUGUUGUAGCUCCAGCGCCCACCUAGCGAUCCUCCCUGUUGGGCUCUCGAUGCUGUUCAACCAUUUCAACGCCAUGUGGUCUGUGACCACCUUGAAAUGGUAUCCCUCCAGAUAGGGCUUUAGCUUUCUUAUAGCCCAUACAAUGGCCAGACACUCCUUUUCGGUCGCCGAAUAGUUCUUUUCCGCGCUGUUCAGGGUCCUACUGGCGUAUGAGAUGACCCUUUCGCCCUUCUCCGUCUCUUGCGUCAGGAUAGCCCCCAGUCCGUAGUCGCUGGCGUCCGUCUGGAGCACGAAUUUCUUUGAGAAAUCUGGGCAUGCCAACACUGGGUCUGCUGUCAGCCGACUUUUUACGUCCUCGAACGCUUGUUGCUGCUCCGUUGACCACUCCCACUUGGCCUUCUUCUUCAGCAAAGUGCUGAGGGGCUGCACCAACGUGGCGAAUCCCUUUACGAACCGCCUGUACCAGGAGGCCACGCCCAAGUAUUGUCGUAGCUCUUUGACACUUGCUGGCGGCUGCAACUCCUUGAUGGCCGCCACUUUCUCGGGAUCGGUGCAGAUUCCGUCUCCCGUUACCAAAUGCCCCAAGUAUCGUAGCUCCUUCCUAAAAAAUUGACACUUGUCCACAUUUAGGCGCAAGUUUGCGUUCUUCAACCGCCGAAAAACUUCUUCGAGGUUGCGCUUGUGCUCCUCCUCGGUACGGCCGAUGACAAUGAUGUCGUCUUGGUACGCAAACGCGUGUGGCAUCAUCUCGGGGCCUAUCACCUGAUCCAAUGCCCUCUGGAACGUAGCCGAGGCUGAGUGGAGCCCGAAUGGCAUCACCUUCCACUGGAACAGCCCUUUGCCGGGCACCGUGAACGCGGUGAAUUUUCUACUGCCUACCUCCAGUGGUAUCUGCCAAUAUCCGUCCUUUAAGUCUAAGCUACUAAUGAACCGUGCCUCCCUGAGCUGGUCCAAAAUAUAGUCUAUUCUUGGCAUGGGGUAUGCAUCCUUGAUGGACUUCGCGUUUAUCUGUCUGAAGUCCACGCAUAAUCUCCACUUUCCCGUCUUCUUUUUGACCAUCACGAUGGGUGAACUGUACGGACUCUUCGAUGGCUCAAUGCACCCUCUUUCCAGCAGUUCGUCAACCUGUUGGUUGAUUUCGGCUUGCAUCUUGGGAUUUUUGGGGUAGUACCGCUGCUUGACCGGCUGGGCAUCACUCAUCGUGAUCGUGUGUGUAGCUAUGUUCGACACUCCCUUCAGUUCUCGGAACUCUUCCAACUCCUUUGCCAGGAAGUCUUCCACCGAACCCUCCUCCGCUCGCGUUCCGUCGGAUGCGGGCCCGACAGACCCUUCCGUGUUCGCUACCACCGCCACUGACAACUUCUCCUCCAACCGCCCCUGGCGGUGGCCUCUCGCAGGGAUCACAACCCUGUGUCCCGCACAGGUCACCUCUGCUCCGACCGCGGCGAGGAAAUCCCAUCCCAGGACCAGCUCAUCUAUUACUCCGGGCAUCACGAGAAACGGGAUUGUAACGAUCUUGUCCCCGAAGGCCAACUCCACCUCGAUCUGGGAAUUGAUUUCCCGGCUGCGUCCGUCAGCCAGCCGCACCAGCUUCCUCGUUUCUUUCUGUCGCCUCUCUUCCCCCAGUCUACUCGCCGCCUCGCAGCUGAUAAAACUGCUUGUCGCCCCGGUAUCGACCGUUGCUUUCCAGUUGCUGCCCGCGAUCCUCACCACCGCCGACAGCUGGACAUCCUCCUCCGUGAGUUCUCCUACGAGCUUUGGGGGGCUUCGUCUUGCGACCCUGGCACGGCCCUCCGCGGCUUGGGUCGCGGGGCGUUUCCCGCUUUCGGGCAGCACUGCCAUGUCGGGGCCCCUACCUUGCCGCACCUCCAGCAGAACGUUAUAGGUCGGCCAUUGCAUGCUUGUGCCCAAUGGCGGUCACUCCCGCAUCGUCGACACGCCUGGGCUGGGUUUUUCACGAACCCCGCCUCUAUGUUCGUGUUCGUUUGGUCGUCCCGCAGCGUUGGGACCGGCCUUCUUUCCCCUGUCGAAUCAGAGCUGGCUGCCGUUUCGCCCUGGCAGCGGCGACAUAUCUCCGUUACUGUCGGACGGGCGAACGGAUUAUUUGUUUUUGCUUUGCUCGCCGGACACUCUCGUUGGAACUCCAGCCGAUCCCUCUCCAGAGCCUCAAACUCGUCGGCCAGCGUCAUCAUGUGGUCCAGGUCUCUGCACCUAUGUGGCCGGAUGAACACUCUCAAAUCUGGCAUGCUGUUGUCUCUAAUGAGCUCCAACUGCUCUUCGGGCGUGCAUUUUAGUGGCCGCAUGAGGGUCUUCAUCUCCACCAUGUAGUCCUUGAAUGGCUCUCCCCAUCUUUGCUUCCUCAACCUCACCUCCUGGAGUAAUUUUUCAAAAUACCCCCUCGGCAGGAAGUAUGCUUGGAAGCUACGCGCAAAUGCGUUCCAUGUCUGCCACUGCCUGUUGUUGGCUACAAACCACAUGAGCGCCCGACCCUUUAGCAGCUCAGGCAUGGCUCGCGGAAUUAAAUUCAACUCCAACCCGUACAUGUCGGCUGACAACUUGAUCUGUUCCAGAAACUCGAGUGGUUUCGCCGUUCCGUCGAACCGAAACGACCACUCCCUGACCUGCUUGGCGACGUGGGCAAAACUCGAACUGGACGGUCUCGUGGUUUGUUCUUCGAGUCCCCGUCGAUGAUCCUCCCCUGCUCUCCCUUCUUCCUCCCUCUGUGGGUUUCUCGCGCUCCCUUGCCCCGACUGUGCUGGCCGGGUGGGCCUCUCCCCACUCUCUGCCCGCGGUCGGCUAGGCGACCGGCUUUUCACCGGGACCGCCAGGCUCGCGAUGAGCUCCUCUUGGGUCUCGGACGGCCGUCUCCACAGCGUUACUUGCUCCGCACUAGCCGGCAGCGUCAGGCGCUCGUAUGGAUCCGCCCCGUCCUCCAUCUGGGCCGCGGUCACGGCUCCUCCCGCCUUCAUCUCCCAGGCCUCGAGCGCGUCCGCAUACUCCGGUUCCUCUCCGUGCUUCUCAAUCCACUCCUUGAAGAUUCGGCGCAUCUCGGUCAGCGUACCUUCCAAUCGAAGACCGCACGCCCGCGCGCACUGGACCAAGUCCUCUUUCCUCAAUGAGUGAACCCAUUGUCGGCUCCUCAUUUUUAUGCCCUCGCGAUACCAAACUCAGCACCGCCCUUCCCAAAUGCACUUUGUCUUUUACUUGUCGCAAGGCCCCACGUUGGGCGCCAGUUGUAACGAACCGUUCUUCUCCGUCUGAUGCAGCUGGGCUGGCUCAGCGGUCGGUAUGCUCGCUGCAACAAUAUUUAUAUGUUGCCCCGACGACAAGUAAGAAGGCACGGGUUGGGUCUUGUACUGGUAUGUUAAAAUGCUUUAUUGGUAUCUUAAGUCUAUCUUACGCUACGCGGAUUCCGGCGCUGGAUCUCCUCCCGACUCUCCUCUGUGGUCCGAUGAGCGCGUUGCUCCCUGGGCCCCCCACGGCGUCGCCAAGCGUGGCACCGCCGGCUCUACUGACUGGGGCUAGCGAUUCUUGGCAUGGGGCCCAAAUCCACCUCUCAGUCAGGCGCCUGACGCGUUCACUCUCACUCGACUCACUUGGCUUUUCGGCCCGAGGGUGCCUCACUCCUGAAGGGAUGCGCUUCAAGCGGGGCGCCGUUGGUUCAAGGGAUUUGAGUCUUUGGCUCUUGGCUGCACGCUCGAGUCCGCCUCUUAAUCCUCACACAACGCGUUCGCUUUCUACGGUUCUUUUCCCUUUGCUUGGUUUCACUUUCGUGGCUCACUAUUCACUUCACUCUUGUUGGCUCCGUCUGUGGACUGUCCUCUUCUCUGGUCGCGGCCCUCCUCUUAUAGGCUCGCUUCUGCGUCGGCGCCGCCGAUGCCGCCUGGCGCUAACGGCACUUUCCGCCAUGCGGUGCCCGUAUUUUUCCAUCGGCGUUCCUUCAUUCCCUUGUCGCUUUCCAACGGGACCUGGCUGGUGGCGUGAUCUUAUGACCAUAUUUGGUCAUGCGCUGGACCACUGCCGGCCCGAUCCCGUCAUCCCGCUGCUCGCUCUCCAACGGGACCUGGCUGGUGGCGUGAUCUCAUGACCAUAUUUGGACAUGCGCUGGGCCACUGCCGGCCCGAUCCCGUCAUCCCGCUGCUCUCUCUCCAGGGGUCCUCCCCUCUCAUCUUGGCACCCCGGGAGAGCUCUUUUCGGGAAUUCGCCGCCUCCGGAUAUCCCCGGAUAACGGUCGUUAGCGCUUAACCCUAUACUGCCCCCUAUGUGUGGGAAUACCUUUCCUCACAACAGGUACCUGCAAAUAUAUAUUAUAUAUUUCAAAUAAAAUGAUGAGCAAUAGGCAUUUGCGUAGACUCCUUAAGAGUGAAAGGGAAGCUAACCUUGCAAAGUUAGCGUUGUGCAGGGAAGAAAGAGAGGCAGAAAAAGAGGCAGAAAACGGGACAGGAAAAGUGGUAGGAAAAGUGGCAGGAAAAGUGGCAGAAAACGUGGAAGAAAAAGAAAUUCUGAUAGAAGAGGAUGAAUUCAUGUAUGAGAAUCCCAAAACUCAACCAAAUGAAUCGUCAUUAAAUGACAAACUGAUGUACGGUGAGGCUUGUAGCUGCUGUGAGGAGGCCUAGGGUUUUUGGGGUCCGCCGAAAAUUAGGCACCGUCUAACGAGAGGCAAGACAAAUUCUCUUUAACAGUCGGCAAAGAGGGCCUGGGAUCAGAGAGUGGGUCAGAGCCAGGUCAGACUUCCUCGUCGAAAGGAGAGCGAGUUCGAAGGCGAAGUCGGACAAGAUGAAAGUCUAUAAAUAGAUGUCAUUGGACGCCUGGUCGACAGCAUUGGAUUUUGUUCACCAAGUGUCCUCUAUAGUGGCAGCAGUAUUUGAAUAUUAAAAAAAAAAAAAGAGAAAAACCAUCUAAAUUCAAUAACAAGUGAAAAGUAGCCCAGGCAGUGAGGCGGUGAUUAGUGAAACCUUUUCGAUACACCCUUUCGACGGGUCACCCGUUUGGGUAAGUUGAGAAAAAAAGACAGCCUAGCGAAAGUGUAUAAAGGUGUUCUGUGUGUGCAAAUUUCCCUAGGUUUUAAAUUGGAGGAGGCUCGUCUUCCAUGACCACCAGCUGAAAUUCAUAGAAAUUCGCCGGAGCUUUGGGUCGUCGCCUUGGAGCAAUUCGGCGAGCCAGAGAGGAGAGGCCGAGUAGUGCCCGGCAGACGGCAGCCGCGUCGGCUUGUUUCAUCGCUCCGCGUAUGCGUCCAUACCCCGUGCGCAGGGGAGGAGGCAAAGGAAAAAAAGUGUUCUGCAGUGGCGGCAAAUAGUGGCAGAUCGAAUUAGAAAUUUCUCACAGAAGGCCAGCCCAGUUCAAAAUAACCAAAAAAA